AUGCCCAACAGCAGCUACAUCAGUGAGUUCCUCCUGCUGCCAUUGGCAGAUGCACGGCAGCUGCAGCUCCUGCACUUCUGGCUCUUCCUGGGCAUCUACCUGGCUGCCCUCCUGGGCAAUGGCCUCAUCAGCACAGCCGUAGCCUGUGACCGCUGCCUGCAUACCCCCAUGUACUUCUUCCUCCUCAACCUGGCCCUCCUCGACCUGGGCUGCAUCUCCACCACUCUCCCCAAAGCCUUGGCCAACGCCCUCUGGGACACCAGGGCCAUCUCCUACGCAGGAUGUGCUGCACAGCUCUUUGUGUUUUCAUUCUUGCUGUCAGCUGAAUUUUACCUUCUCGCCGUCAUGUCCUAUGACCGCUACGUUGCCAUCUGCAAGCCCCUGCACUACAGGACCCUCCUGGAUGGCAGAACUUGUAUCAUCAUGGCAGCAGCUGCCUGGGGCACUGGGUUGCUCAAUGCUCUGCUGCACACUGCCAAUACAUUUUCACUGCCACUCUGCCGAGGAAAUGCUGUGGACCAGUUCUUCUGUGAGAUCCCGCACAUUCUCAAGCUCUCUUGUUCGUACCCCUACCUCAGGAAUCUCGGCCUUAUGGCACUCAGUACAUCUUUGUUUUUUGGAUGUUUUGUGUUCAUUCUGCUUUCUUACGUGCAGAUCUUCAGGGCUGUGCUGAGGAUGCCCUCUGAGCAGGGACGGCACAAAGCCUUUUCCACGUGCCUCCCUCACCUGGCCAUGGUCUCCCUUGUUGUCAGCACUGGCUUCUUUACCUAUCUGAAGCCCCAAUCCACCUCUUCCUCAGCCAUGGAUGUGUUGGUGGCGGUUCUGUACUCAGUGGUGCCUCCAGCAGUGAACCCCCUCAUCUACAGUGUACGGAACCAGGCACUGAAGGAUGCCAUUUGGAAACUGUUACUAAGGAUGUUUUUUACUUGUGACUCCUAA